AUGGAGCCAACCACAAAUUUUGUGGGGAAAUUCACGCAAAGUGUGCGUCGCAUCGUGCAGGAUGUCAAGGACGAAGGAGCGCCAAGUGGCAUGACGCGCGACGAGGUAAUCGAUACCAAUGAACGGUUGAGAGCUUUACGGUUGCGGCUGGAGGAGUCAUAUGACACAGCCAAAAAGGCGCUUAUAAACCUCAUGAAUAAAUAUGGAGAUUCGAAGAGCCAACGUAAUGUGUUCCAGCGUUAUCCAAUGCUUAAAAUUAUGAUAAAAGAUGUUAUACGCUUGGAAACGCAAUAUUGGACUUUGAUUGAUAUACCGAGACAGGAAAAGCAAGAAACGGUGCCCUCGUAUGUGAUGCGUGCCUGUGCGAUUAUGGAAAAGACGCAGAAGUCUGGUGAGGGUGUAAAGACCUCCGCCAAGUUAGCCGAGGAGGCAACGGAGAGGCGCGAACGCAUGGAGCGUUUGGAAUUCAUGACCACUGCACAAAUCGAACACGAGAAUACACAACUGAUAAAUGAUUUAUACCGUUUGCUGAAAAAAUACUUAGGUCUGCGGCAUUUAAUCAGAGUGCUCAAGGAGGAAUAUGGCAGCUCAAAAAUGUAUCCGAUUUUCCCGCGUUACACAAUGCUCAAAGAUAUGAUAAAAGGCAUCAUGCACGAUCCCGACUAUAUGGAGGUGUGUCAUGAAAUCAAUAACUGA